UGUUUUCUUCUUCGUUAUUCUUUCUUGAGUGGUUUUUUUUUUCAGUUACUCUAUAGACUGCUUUGAGCAUUCUUAUAUUUCUUUGUUCAGCGCCAUUUACAAUUUGUUGUUAUGUUUUUGCAGUUUCUGUAGAGACUUUGGUUUACUGUAUGCUACACCUGAAGAUAGCAAACCUUAAGUAUCAGUUGCCUCAACCUUUUACGCCUUGAUGGUUUUUUUCCUGUGGCUGUUGUACUGAUUUAUAUUGUUGUGGGUGGGAGGGAAAAUGAAAGCACAGGCUUAAGGAGAGCUUGUGUAAAAAUAAAGUGCUUAAAAUAAGUAGUGCAGUUUAGUUCUAGACUUCUGGGUUGUGUUUCUUUUCCUGCUUUACAUCAUGUUUUGUCAGCCAUUCUCAUCACAUCCGGAUGAUGGAGACCAAUGCAAAUUUGGUGUUAAUGGCUGUGGAGCUGGGAGCUCAGCUCCUCUAAACCCUUCUGGCCUGAAGUCAGAGCUGCUUGUUAUUAGCAGAGCAUUAACUAAUUUUAGCGUGAGCUAACCUGAAGAAUUUUUUCUUUUUCCAAAACAAUGUGUGUAAAUAUUCAUUUUGUAUCAUUUGACAUCUUUUUUUAAAAAUAUCCAGAACACAGAAAAUACAGCUGUAUAGUGUAAGUAGAGGGAACAUGUUUAAGUUAAUAGUUUCAUAACAUUCAAGAUGUCUCAAUAGCCUUAUAAAAACGAGGUGGGAGCAGAACAGGGUGCUAGACAAAGGGGUAAGAGAUUUAGACGGAGGGGAUGUUGAGCAGGGUGGAAGAGUCCUCCUUAAAGCAUUUUCAGAGAAGCCACUGAGGAAAGCCUCAUGAUCUACAUGCUUGUCAGCCCUGUUCUUCACUUUCCAAAGCCCGUGCUCCUCUCCGUAGGGAGGUUUAAAAAAAAAUUGCCAGACAGCUGCCAGAGUAUCAAAAGAGGUAGGGAUAUGGCAUGUUUUCAGAUACUAAAGGUGGUGGUGGUGGUGGCGGGGAUUGUUAUCUUAGUUUUAACUUACUCUUAUUGUAACAUUUCUGUCUAAUUCAUAAAGCUAAACAUUAUUGAAAGUUAGAAUAGACUGAUGUCUUCCAAACUCUUUGAGUCAAUAGGUCAACCCUAACCCCUCAAAAGUGUUGUGGCUCGCUGAUGAUCCUUGUUAAACUUGUAAUUGAAAAUAGGUGAUGUGGUCUGGAGGUCAGCCAUAAAUCUGUAAGAUUAUGAAGUGAUCCUGUCAUCUUUUCAAUAGCUGGACUGUUCCCUAAAAGCUAGCUGGGACACAGGAGCAAAAUGCCAUGGGAAAUAGCAUUUCUUUUCUUAUUAUGCUUGUGUAUCUAAUGAACUCUCAUGCAGACAGUUAUCUUUCAUAUGUUUUUUUGGCUGGGAAAAGUGAGGUUCACAAGCAUAUUAGGCAGUUACUGCAUAGGUAGCAUGCAGUACUUGCAUACUAGUUAAAAUGUCAAAGCAUCAGCUGUGCUACCUAAAUCUGAAUUGCUAGGCUUUUGAAAUGAGCAGAAUGAGCUAUUCUGACAAACCUAUUAAAAAAAAAACAAAAAAAAACUAGAAAUGUAAAACAUCCGUUGAAACUUCUGAAUUGAGAGAUUUGUGUGAAAGGACAAUGUUUUAUAAGAAAGAAACUCUACUCCAUAGCCACGUUGCCAAAACUAUUCUGAUAACUUCAAUUAAGCUGUUGUAAAAGGACAUAUUCUGUCUUUCGUCAGUAAUGAUUCACUAAUUUUACUUGUAUUCCAUGUUUGACAGGUAAAAAGGCCUUUUUACAUAUUCAUAUUGAGAAGUACCUGUUUUAUGUCCUAAUCUUCAGAUAAGGAAUCUGCAGAGAUGGCCAGCUGUUUUAGAUCCUCUAAACCCACAGACCCAAUGGCUGUCCCACCAUCGUACUGUGACUUGGGAAAAUCUGCCAGGGAUGUAUUCAAUAAGGGAUAUGGAUUUGGAAUGGUCAAGUUAGAGCUGAAGACAAAGUCUUCCACUGGAGUGCUGGAAUUUACUGCAACUGGUUCUUCCAACACCGACACAGGCAAAGCUUCAGGGAGUCUAGAGACCAAAUAUAAGAUCAAAGACUGUGGACUGACGUUCACCCAGAAGUGGAACACAGACAACACACUGGGAACAGAAGUGUCCGUGGAGGAUCAGUUGGCCGAAGGAUUGAAGGUGGCCCUUGACACUGUAUUUGUACCAAACACAGGGAAGAAGAGUGGAAAGUUGAAGACUUCCUACAAAAGAGAAUAUGUAAAUCUAGGCUGCAACAUAGACAUUGAUCUCUCUGGACCAACCAUCUAUGGCUGGGCAGUGCUAGGCUAUGAAGGCUGGCUUGCUGGCUACCAGAUGGCUUUUGAUACAGCCAAGUCUAAGCUGUCACAAAAUAACUUUGCCUUGGGAUAUAAGGCAGGAGACUUUCAGUUGCACACUAAUGUGAACGAUGGCACCGAGUUUGGUGGGUCUAUUUAUCAGAAGGUUAAUAAUAAGGUUGAGACAUCAGUAAAUCUUGCAUGGACUGCUGGUAGUAACAAUACACGGUUUGGUAUUGCUGCCAAGUACCAACUGGAUGAGAAGACGUCCAUUGUGGCCAAAGUGAAUAAUGCCAGCCUGAUUGGAAUUGGUUAUAGUCACGCCCUUCGACCUGGUGUAAAGCUGACUCUCUCAGGUUUGAUUGAUGGGAAGAAUUUCAGUGCUGGAGGUCACAAAGUUGGGCUGGGCUUUGAGCUGGAAGCUUAAUGCAGUUCUGAGUAAAGCAACAGGUAGACCCUGAGAGAUGAAGGAGCAGCAUAGCCAGAGUGUUUUGGCCUUAACAUUACUCUGAAAUUUCAAGAAGUGUGAACUUUUACUCUUCCAAAGAAUUGCUUUAACCCAACGCUGAAGUUCAGAAGGUGCAAACACCCCAAGGAAGAUACUUGAAGGCACGCAUGGAAGUUAUGUUUGUGCCACAUUUCACUUUAGUUUCUCACGUUUUAAAUGGGCUCCUAAAGACAGCAUAGCAUCUUGUUACAAAGGAAGAAAAUCCCCCGUCUCUCCUCUAGUAUAUUGCAUCCUGCAUGUCUUACACUUCACAACCUUUUAUAGAAAUUGUCUCUGUGUUGUAGUGGAAACUUGGUUCUUCAUCAGAACGAAAUAAAAUGCCACAGUUGGAACAUAAC